UGACUUACCCAAGGUGACUUCACUAGUAAAUGGCAAAGAUGAGACUCAAAUGCAGGUCUGUUUAUUCCAAAGUUAUUGUUGCUUCAGAUACACUUCUUUGCCUCUAACAGUUCACAAGUGAAAUGAGACAGGAGGUUAGGAGGCAGAAUGCCUGGGUUCUGGAAGUAGAGGAGUGGUCUCUCCUGGAGGGGUGAAACAGAGCCAGGGGUAUAAAACCACACCCCUCAGGGGAGUGUGGCAGACUGAUACUUGGGACACCCAAUGGAAGACUGUGAGGUCAGGGGCGGGGCUAGCCCCUGGGGGGCCCCAGGAGCCCCAACAGCAGUUCAGAGCAUGCGGUGUCCAGGAGGAAGCUACAAUCGGCUUGAGAAUAUGCUGCUCCUCCCUCCCCUUUCCACCACGGACCCCACACUGUGGCCUUUCCCUCAGAAUUUCUGAGAUUGGUACCCAGGAAAGGCACAAUGCCCCUGUCCCUGACAAGACUGCCCAGUCCUUAUGGCUCUGAUCGGCUGGUACGGCUAGCAGCCAGGAUCCGGCCAGCACUAUGUGAUACCCUGAUCACCGUGGGGAGCCAGGAGUUCUCUGCACACAGCCUGGUGCUGGCAGGUGUGAGCCAACAGUUGGGCCACAGGGGCCGCUGGGCUCUGGUGAAAGGCAUCAGCCCUUCCACCUUUGCCCAACUCCUGCACUUUGUUUAUGGGGAAAGUCUAGAGCUGCCACCUGGGGAACUGGGGCCCCUUGAGGAGGCAGCCAGAGUGUUGGGGGUGCAGUCUCUGGAAGAGGCAUGCAGAAGGGCUCGAAGGGACAUGGCUAGAGAAGAGCUGGGCCCAGGGCUGAAGGAACAACAGGAGGAGCCAGAGAAGCCCACAAGGGAUUCUAAGAGAGGACUGGGGGAACUUGGAGAGAAGCAGAGACCAGAGAAGUUUGUUAGAGCUGGCGGGAAAGAACAGGAGACACUGCAUGAGCACAGGCCACCAAGAGAGAGCCCUGAAAUGGCAGAGGCAAUGUGGGAGGGUCAAGGGGAGCAGAUGAGAUCAGAGGAGAAACUCGACCAAUCCCCCAUUAGACAUGGGGGAGUAGGUGGGAAGCAAGAAGUGAUCACGUGGGUGAGGGACAGUCCAGGGGGCUCUGAGGAAAGCCUGCGGGAGUUCCCUGGCCCCCUUCCCCCACCAGGUUCCCUCCAAACCAGCCUCACCCCUAGGCCCUGGUGGGCUGAGGCCCCUUGGUCAGGGGAGGGCCAGUCUGCCCUGUGGAGCAUCCUGCUGUUGCCACCCAGAUAUGGCACUCCCUUCUCCCAUAGCACCCCCAUCACAGGAGCCUGGCAGGAGGUCUGGCCUCAGGAACAGAGGAUCCCAUUGUCCCUAAACCUCCACAAAGGCCUCUGGAGCCAGAACCAGUUGGCCUCCUCCUGCCCCACCCCAGGUUCCCUCCCCCAGGGCCCCACACAGCUCAGCCCUGGGGAGAUGGAAGAGUCUGAUCAGAGGCACACAAGUAAACUUGCAACCUGUGUGGGUCAUGUGGGCACAGCAGGCCGCCCAUCUCGCCGACACCCUCCCCCGCCCCCUCCUGCUAGGUCUCGGCCCUAUUCUUGUUCUGUCUGUGGGAAGAGAUUUUCACUCAAACAUCAGAUGGAGACGCACUACCGUGUCCACACAGGAGAGAAGCCCUUCUCCUGUAGCCUCUGUCCUCAGCGCUCCCGGGACUUCUCGGCCAUGACCAAGCACCUGCGGACGCACGGGGCCGCACCCUACCGCUGCCCUCUGUGCCAGGCCGGCUGCCCGAGCCUGGCCUCCAUGCAGACGCACAUGCGUGGCCACUCGCCCAGCCAGCUCCCGCCAGGAUGGACCAUUCGCUCCACCUUCCUCUACUCCUCCUCUUCCUCCUCGAGGCCAUCUCGAGUCUCGACCUCUCCCUGUAGGCCCUCUUCCUCCACCACCUGAUGGGGGUGUCAGCAGCUUCUUUGGCUUCAGCCAAGGGCCCAAUUAAAGAAUGAACGACGGGCCAGCGGGCCCACACCGCGGGUUCUGACCCCCGCAAUGCGGCUCCAGCAGCCUAGCAAACUCAGCUCCAAGAAGUGCCGCCAAGAAGGUCGCCUAGAGUCCUCUCCUAGAUGACCGCAGGCCGCAGAAGCCUGGACCAACGAGUCCGUGUGGGGUUAGGACAGUGAAGUUUGCACGAGUGAAGGCUAACUGUGCGGGGCCUGGCAGUUUCAUCACCAAAAUAAAGAGUUUUCUGUGCCCUCCUCUCA